AUGGGAAAUUUUUCUAAUAUUACAGGAUGUUAGGAUCAGGAGAAAUGCUUAAAUUAUUUACAAAUGGCUAAUUUUGAGUUAGAAAGUGCAAUUUAAUUAUUUUUUGAGAUAGAAAUACAAUCAUAAUAAUUUGUAGCUCCCACUCAAAAGGUAAGUUAAUAAGAGUCACAACCUCCACAGAGAUAAAGAAGAUAAAUCCAAGAGAACUUUGAGCUAGAAUAGUCUUAAACAACUUAAGAAUUAGUUUAAAAAUAUAAGAAUUAUAAAGAGAGUAAAAUUGAUGAAGAUCCUGGAUUGGUCACCGGAGUUUGGAAAAUAGCUAAGGCUCUGUUUACUAAAAAUUAAAAUUACGGAGAAGAUUUCUAGAAACACAUACAAUCAAAAAAGGUAAAGAUAGAAAUCAAAUUCGAUUUGGGUUCAUUUCAAGAUAACAUUAAAAUAGCUUAAGACAGAAUGCUUCCACUUUUUGUAUAUGUCCAUGAUGUUUCAUGCUUGAAAAUCUUACAAGCAAUGUUUUAAUGCAAAUCUCUCGUAUCAAUAGUGAAUAGAUACUUCCUCAGCUACGCUUUUAUAGCUAAUAAGGAUACCUUAGCUUAGUUACCUACCUAAAAUAUUGAAAUUCCAUCUAUUCUAAUAUAUAGAAUAAAUUUUAUCGAUGAAGUUUGUUUAGUCAAAUAAAUCAAGUUAUUUCCUUAAACUAAUUUCGAGGAACUGGCCGUUGAAAUAAAAACAAUAAGAUCUAAUAUUAGUAAGAUUAGUGCAUAGGAGAAAUUAGCCAAAAGAUUGGUUGAUAGUCCUGAAUAAAUUCAUUAAAAUUAAAUUGAUAGAUUUAGAUAAAAACAAUUGGACAUGGAAGUAAGAAGAUAAUAAGAAAUUGAAUAAAGGGAAAGGGAGGAAUUAUUAUAAAAGUAGGAUCUUGAAUAUAUGAUGGCCCUGCAACAAGCAGAUGAAAAAAAGAAGAAGAUUAAUGAUGAAAAAUUAAGAUAGGAAUAACUUAUACAUGAACAAUAAGAAGAAGAAGAAUAACGCUAAUUUUUAAAGGCUAAAUUACUCUCAGAUUUACCUUAAGAACCAAAAGAAAAUUGUAUAACCAUUUAAUUAAGAUUUUUUGAUAAGGUUAUUACCAGAAACUUUAAUUUCACUGAUAAGAUAUAGUUUAUUUUUGAUUUUGUAAUGUGCCAAGAUGAUUAGCUCUUUCUUAAUCCCAAAGCAGAUGUUGAUUUAAUCUAAAAUUUUCCUAAGCUCUCUUUAUUCGAUAAAAAAGACAUGUUAAUUUAGGAGAUCUUCAAUGAUUCAACUGGAGAGUAGUUAAUUAUUUUAGAAAAGGAAUGA